AUGUCAGGUGCAAGAGUAAUUUCCUGGAUUUUACUGGCAACUGCGUUCUGCACCGUAGUAAAUGCUCUGCCUCCUACAUAUGUCAUUCAUGAGAAACGUGAUCGGGUCUUGCCAGAAUGGAAAUCACUUGGCCGAUCGAAACCAGACUCUCUGUUGCUCGUCCGAAUUGGACUGAAACAGAACAACUUGCACCGGGCGAAUGAGUAUUUACUAGACGUGUCCCAUCCUCAAUCUCCAAACUAUGGAAAGUACUGGUCGGCAGACCAGGUCAGUGAUACCUUUGCAGCCUCUGACUAUACCAUUGCACAGGUGAAGUCAUGGAUAGUCCAGUCCGGCGUCAGCGAUGCGCGCAUAUCCUUGAAUAAAAAUAAAGGCUGGCUAUCGUUUACGGCCACAGCUAAAGAGGCGGAGGAACUGCUACAAACUCAAUAUUUUCAGUACCAGAAUAUGGAGACCGGUCAGUGGGUCUGUGCCUGUGAACAGUAUCGUGUACCAUAUAACAUCCAGAAUCAUAUUGAUUACGUUGAACCAGGGAUCAGGCUUUCAGCAUUCAGACGGCAAAAGAGGCUGCUUCACAAACGAGACAAUAUUCUGAUCCACGGUGCUUCGGAGCAAAUGCACCUUCCUGACUCAGAUGCCCCUGGUGUGCUCGCAUCUCUGGGCUGUGACAAAUUAAUUACGCCAGACUGCAUUAGAGCUAUCUACAAGAUUCCACUUGCCACCAAGGCUCAUCCUAAAAAUUCUUUGGGUAUGUUUCAGGAAGACAACUACUUCCACGCUGAAGAUCUGGACUUGUUUUUCGAGAAUCAGACGACCAAUAUUCCACUGGGUACUCGGCCUCUAGAGGCCAUGAUUGCUAACACCGAGGGAGAUGGACCAUCAUCGAAAUUUGGUCUUGAGUCAGCUUUGGACCUACAGGUUGUAUAUCCCAUCGUUUAUCCGCAAACAAUCACAAUUUACCAGACGAAUGAUCAUAUGGAUGCUCAAAAUUCAUCUCAGGGUUUUCUCGACGCUUUCCUGAAUGCAAUCGAUGGGUCAUAUUGCACCGACUGUGCUUUGGGGCAAUGUGGUGAUGGCAAAAGAGUGAAUCCUAACUCCCCUGCUGAGCCUGAAAAUCGGGUACUCUGUGGCUUGUACAAACCCGCCAACGUUAUUUCGAUAUCGUAUGGAGGCCCCGAGCAGAACUUCCCAGCUCCAUAUCAGAGGCGGCAGUGCAAUGAGUAUAUGAAGCUCGGUCUCCAAGGGGUAUCGGUCCUGUUGGCCUCAGGUGACCAUGGUGUCGCAGGCCAGGACGGGUGUCUAGGCCCAAGGGAGGACAUAUUCAGCCCAACUUUCCCAGCUAAGUCGGUUUCCACAUCCUAUACCAUGGAUUUACUAGGAUCUGACAUAAGAGCAUUCAGCUGUCCGUACAUAACGGCAGUCGGGGGUACAAAAGUACUUCCAGGACAUAGGCCCUCUGCGCCGGAGACUGCUCUGUACAACAGCGAGGGAAACAACAUUCUAUCAUCUGGUGGUGGUUUCAGCAACGUAUUCCAAGCUCCGUCCUAUCAGCAAGCAGCUAUCUCCAAGUACUUUGCUAGUGCUGAUCCCGAAUAUCCUUUUUAUGGGGGAAAUUGGACAUCCGGAGGAGACUCGGGUCUGUAUAAUCGUCUUGGCCGGGGCUACCCCGAUGUGGCUGCGGUUGCCGAUAAUAUUGCACUUUAUUAUGAGGGUAAAUUUGGCCACACAGGCGGAACCAGUGCGAGUACCCCGAUAUUUGCGGCUAUAAUCAAUCGCAUUGUUGAUGAGCGGCUGGCGAUUGGGAAGGGCCCUAUUGGCUUCCUGAACCCGGUGCUGUAUGGCAAUGAAUGGGUUCUCAAUGAUAUUGUGAACGGAUCAAACCCAGGGUGCGGUACCCAGGGAUUCUCGGCAGCUGUAGGCUGGGAUCCUGUAACAGGCUUAGGGACUCCAGACUACGAAAAGAUGUUGCAGUUGUUCCUUGAGCUUCCGUGA